AUGCUGGCCCCUCAUGUUUGGCUCAUUGGGACUCUCUGGUUUUUGGUAUAUUUCCUUGGGAGACGAGUCUACCAAUGGAAUCGUUUGCGGCACAUUGAAGGGCCCCCAGGAACCGGGUGGACAAAGUUGUGGUUGCUAAGACAGGCUUGGUCUGGCAGGCUCUGUGACAGCCUCUAUAAUGCUUGUAGAGAAUAUGGUCCCCUCGUCCGCAUCGGCCCUAAGUGGGUGCUGUGCGGUGAUCCCGCUGAGAUCCGCCGAAUAUGGGGAAUCAACUCGGGCUAUCACCGCUCAGAUUGGUACAAGGCUGUCCGUCUGAACAGCGAGGUGGAUAAUGUCUUGUCGGUCAUUGAUAAUAAGGAGCAUCACCGGCUCCGAAGCCACCUCAUGCCAGGGUACGGAGGCAAGGGGAUCGCAAAUGAGGAACAGCUUGUCGACCAACAGAUCACAAAGCUCGUAGCACUAAUCGAGCAGCGAUAUAUCUCCACCCAGACAGACUUGCGACCAUGCGAUCUAGCUCGAACGAUGCAGUACCUGACGCAGGAUGUCAUCACGGCCGUCGGAUUUGGCAAACCAGCGGGCUACUUGGAGGCGAAUAGCGAUAUACAUGGGAUCCUAGAAACGUCCGAGGCUCUCCACAGACCCGUCCAUAUGGUCACCCUGCUCCCGACCCUCAGAAAGAUCCUCGAAAGCCGUCUGCUGAAACCAUUUCACCCCAAGCCCCAUGACCAGAGCGGAGUUGGCCGGUUCCUCGGUCACAUCAAGGACCUUGUUGACGAGCGAUACGAUGACCUAAAAACUAAUCAUACUGAUAUCCUCCAGUCCUUCAUCAACUCCGGUUUGAGCAGACCCCAAGUCGAGUCAGAAGCGCUUGUGACCGUCUUUGGCGGGACGGACACCACGUCCACUGCCCUGAGGAAUAUUAUCUUCUACUUGUCGACCACCCCUCGAGCAUACCGUGCACUUCAAUCCGAGAUUGACGAUGCUGUAAAGACCGUGGCACGCCCGGUGAUCAGAGACGCCGAGGCCAAAGCCCUUCCCUACCUCCAGGCGUGCAUCAAGGAAGGUCUAAGGAUAUUCCCACCCAGUAUGGGCCUUAUGGGCAAGGUGUGUCCGCGUGAUGAUACGAUCUGUGGCAUAAAGGUCCCUGCAAAUACCCAAGUCGCUUGGUCGGCGCUGGCCAUUAUGAGGAAUAGAACUAUCUUUGGGGACGAUGCAGACGUGUAUGAGCCGCAACGCUGGAUUGAUGCACCAGUGGAAAAGAGAAAGGAGAUGGAUGCCUCAUACGGAUUGGUAUUUGCGACUGGAACAAGGUGGGAGUGCUUGGGGAAACGGCUUGCGUACAUAGAGCUGGGAAAGACGAUCUUCGAGCUCUUUCGGCGGUUCGAUUUCGCCAUGGUCGAUCCGGUUGAGCCUUUUCGGUGGGCUAACCAUGGGCUGACAGCGCAUUUUGGUAUGAAUGUGAGGAUCACGGAGCGGGAGGCAGGGGGCGAUGUGGGAGUAUUUAGACUGUAG